AUGUUACAAUCAACGGAAAAAGAUACACCGACAGAUCAAGCACACCAAACUAUCCCAGGAACUAUCCCACAAACAACACCUUCCUCCACCACUGCCCAGUCGCCACCAACAGCCCCCGAUCAACCCCUUACUGGAGAUGAUGAUGACGAUGAUGCGGAGUCUGGUAAUGUGAAUUCCAACAACAACACCAACAACAACAACAACAACAACAACAACAACGACAACGACAAUAACAACAAUAACGACCACCAUCAAAGCGAUGGAGUUCAAGAUGAUGAUGUCGAAGUUGAUACCCAAAGUGACGUUGAUUCCAGCUGGGAAGAAGAUAGCGUAUCGAGUUCCACCACAUCUCUCAAUUCAUCUAUCAUGAAUUAUACCUACGAAAACGGUCGUCGCUAUCAUGCCUACCAAUCCGGUUCCUACCUCCUCCCUAACGACGAAGCAGAACAGCAACGCCUCGAUCUCAAGCAUCACGUUUUUAAGCUCAUUCUCGGCGGAAAGUUAUUUUGCGCACCCAUAGAUCCUAAUCCCCAACGAAUCCUCGAUAUUGGAACCGGAACUGGACUCUGGGCUAUUGAAUGCGCUGAUGAAUUUCCCUCUGCUGAAGUCACGGGAACGGAUUUAAGUCCCAUUCAACCAGGUUGGGUACCGCCAAAUUGUAAAUUCUUGAUUGAUAAUGCCGAAGAUGAAUGGUUGUUUUCUCAUAAUGGAAAGUUCGAUUUGAUACACUGGAGAGUACUUGCGUCUAGUAUAUCCGAUUGGCCGAAAUUGUUCAGUCAGGCGUAUACACAUGUUAGACCUGGUGGAUGGGUUGAAACACAGGAACACGAAGUACAUAUCGAGAGCGAUGAUGGUACUGAUCUCAAGGCUGCAAAUUUGCAGAAGUUUUUCGGAUUGAUUGAUGAGGCGAGUGUCAGGAAUGGUAAGAUGAUGGACGAGGUUGCUGGAAGUCAAAAGAAAUGGAUGAUCGAUGCUGGCUUCGUCGAUGUUCAUGAUCAAGUUUACAAGGUACCGAUUGGUCCUUGGCCCAAGGAUAAAAGACUCAAGGAAAUUGGUAUGUAUUACCAGGCUCAAUGUCUGGAUGCCGUCGAACCAAUCAGUAUGGCUUUGUUCACGAGGGUAUUGGGAUAUAGUUUUGAGGAGGCGCAGGUGACCAUGGUAGGACCAAGAACGGAUAUGAAGAAUCCAUCAAAUCAUGUGUACAUGAAGUUUCAUUUCGUUUAUGGAAGGAAACCAGAUAUUGGGGAGAUAUGA